GGACGCCUUGCACGAUCAUCAAGCUUGGCGAAUCCUCGUGCGCGUGCGGAGAAGAUCGGAGCUUUUCAUGUCGAGCUUUUUACGUCUCAAGUGCUACGUGUGACCGUGGCGAAAUUAAUUUCUUCCUUUCGGCAAAGACAAAGAUAAACGAAGUACGAACUUCGAUUAUCCUUUGGUUCUAAUUUUUAUUUAGUUUCACAGGAGAGCUUAUACGAGUAUGGUACAGGUGUAUGCGUAUCGGAAAGAGUAUAUUGUAAUGUGUUGUGAGCGAUGCCUCUUACGAACGGUACGGCUGUAACAGCUGAAAGCUAAAUUGCUAUAAAUAAUUAAUAGUGUGCCGUCGUCGAGGAAGAUUUAAGUUGAUAGUUGCAGUGCCUCUGGAUAAUCGCCUUCUGAAUUCGUUACAUUUAAUUGGCGUGGCGUGCAUCUGCUCUCAUUGAAUUAGUGUGUAAUAUGUCCCGAUGCGCAAUUAUCUAUACAACGGUGCACACGGCCACUAGUAGACCGAGACCACCGUUAAAUCUCGAGCGUUAUAGCGCUGUUGCUCUUACUCCGAAUGAAAAGUGUUUCGCACGCAUGGGUGCUUCCCAACAUAUUCGGAUAGAAAGAGAUUUUACCUAGUAUCCCGUAAACUGUCUUUCUUUCGAAUUUACAUAUUCGAAUAAGAUUAUUUUGAAAGAAACGUUAAGGCUGGCUUGAUUGCGUAUACUGUUAAAAAAUGAUGUAUAAUAUUCUUUUAUAGAGAGAUAUCGCACGUAGAUUUUAUAUGAAGUGAGGAAUAUACGGUUUUAUGUAAAAUAAGAAUUAAUUUAAUAUUUUCUGAAUUACAUGUUCGUGGUAAUCUUAGUUCUUAAUUUAAUUACAUAUUGCUUUUGGGUAUUCAAGCAAUCUGAAAUCUUGUUUUGCUUCUUCAGUAAUAUCUAAUAAUUCAGAUAGACAUUUGUCAUUAGAUAUUCUGCAUUUACUUGGAAAUGUGGCUACAUGAAUUUUCCUGAACGACAUCUUUGUAACAGCGAAAUAAAUCAGCCACAUUUAUGCGUGAUGUGAAUAUGAAUACACAAAUUUGUGCAACAGGGAGGAGAUCGAAAAUGAGCUUGCGGUGGAUUCACGAGAAUUUGGAAGCGCCUACGUGCGAUGAAGAAUGCAGCGAUAUCGAUGACAGCUGCAGCGACGACAGCUACGAUACAGAUUUGUCUCUUCAGGAGAACAAUGAUGUAACGGAGAACGAGAAAGGGAUCGUGAAAAACGAGAAAGGGAUCGAGAAAAAAGAGAAAGGGUGGCGGAAGAAGAGGGAAACCAAAAAACCUUCGAUCACCACUGUCACCUUCGACGGGAAAGGGACGGUACGUAACAUCGAACGCAUGUCUAAACCGCGCAAGUACUCACCCUGCGUGAUAUGGGAUCCUCGACAACCAGCGAGAAAUCCAGUCUACAAUUGUCGGACAAUAAAGCUCUACUGCCGAACCGGAUAUCAUCUGGCGAUUACAUCGUCGGGACGUGUUCGAGGAUUAUCCGCAAACAAUGAGUCGCACGCUUUGCUUCAUGUGACGCCGGUAUCUUUUGGCGUUAUCAGGAUACAAAAUGUUGAAACGAGACUCUAUUUGGCAUUCAAUAAAAAAGGACGAUUAUAUGGAGAGAUAAAUAUGACUAACGAUAAUACCGAAUGGGAACAAUGGAGCAUCGGUGCCUACGACGCGUUUCGAUCGCGGAAAUACGUGCAUUACGGAUGGUGGAUAGGAAUAAAGAAGAAUGGGCGAGCGAAACCGGGACCGAAAACGUCUUGGGGACAGAAGGCGAUACAAUUCUCGGCUAUCCAAGAGGAUUAAUCCGAGUUUAGUGCACAGACGCGCUUUCUGCAGGAAACGCUUUUUAUUCCCGAUAUAUCCUAUCGCAGACUUCCGAUAUUCCUGGUAGGAAAUCCAGGACAGCGAUGAAACGAAUGUUUUAUGAGGGAACAGAUGACGCCGCUCGGAUAAGGGAUGAAGAAUUUAUUUGGAUGUGAAACGAUAAAUGUAUGUUGGAACAAUGUUCCAAUAGAAUAUAAUGUUUAUUAUAACACUGUGUUACUCAACAAUGAGAUAGUUUGGGAUUGUGCAUUCUGCUUGUGCCCUCGAACUGAAACUAUAUCGCAAGUCGCAGUUUUUUUUAUUUGCAGUAAAUAUAUAUUUAUUAUUAUAUUAUUAUGUCAAUCGCGCCAAAAUCGUUACGCUCGCAAGCAAGAUAAUUACAUGCUUUUAAAUCAAAUGUAACUUUUUAAAUCAUUCUUUUACCAUUCAAAUACAUCAUUUAAAUCAUAGUCAUAGUUGCGUAGUCACAACUAGCAAACUAUCCACAAGCUAUCUUGCUUGUAGCGUAUACGUGAAUAUCAAUUUUUCGUAAUAUAUUAUUAUAAUUAUAGCGUAUUGCAAUUGUAUAUAAUUAUACAUUAUCUCUUUUGUACAUCUACAUACAAUGCAUAUAUAUAAAUACGUCGAAAUUUUCAAGCAACAGUUUUUAUUAAAACAGAAACUACUACGACGAAAAAUGUAGCUUCAAAUAUUUUAAUACUCAGCUUUGCAAAUGUGAAAUGGGCAUUUCGCUAAUAAGUUUCUGAAAAUUUAUUUAAUUGCAAGAAGCAAAUGCAUUAUUAACGCGCAACAAGAGGAAUUAAUAUUUAUACGUAUAACUGCAAAA